AUGAGGUACAGCCUGGUCUUCGCGCUUCCGGCUCUGGCCGCCGCGUCUCCCACCUUCUCGACAGAGACCAUCCACAAGGAUGCCGCGCCAGUUCUGUCGUCAACUUCCGCAAAAGAGGUUCCCAACAGCUACAUGGUCGUCUUCAAGAAGCACGUCAAGGAUGCCUCCAAGCACCAUGACUGGGUCCAGAGCGUCCACUCCAAGAACUCGCAGGAGCGCAUGGAGCUGCGAAAGCGCUCCACUGAGCUCCCUGUCUCCAACAAGGUCUUUGAGGGUCUCAAGCACACAUACGAGAUGCCCGGCAUGAAGGGUUACUCUGGUCACUUUGACGACGAGACCAUCGAGGAGAUCCGAAAGCACCCCGAUGUCGACUACAUCGAGCGCGACUCUGAGGUCCACGUCCUCGGCUCCGACGAGCCUGAGAUCGAGAAGAACUCCCCCUGGGGUCUGGCUCGUAUCUCGCACCGCGACGCCCUGAGCUUCGGCACCUACAACAAGUACCUGUACGCUGCCGACGGUGGUGAGGGUGUUGACGUUUACGUCAUCGAUACCGGCACAAACGUUGAGCACGUCGACUUUGAGGGCCGUGCCAAGUGGGGAAAGACCAUUCCUCGCGGCGAUGCCGACGAGGAUGGCAACGGCCACGGCACCCACUGCUCUGGUACCGUUGCUGGCAAGAAGUACGGUGUUGCCAAGAAGGCUCACGUAUACGCCAUCAAGGUCCUCCGCUCCAACGGCUCGGGCACCAUGUCCGAUGUCGUCAAGGGCGUCGAGUACGCCGCUCAGGCUCACUCUGAGGCCGUCUCUGCCGCUAAGAACGGCAAGAAGAAGGGCUUCAAGGGCAGCGCUGCCAACAUGAGCUUGGGAGGUGGCAAGUCCACCACCCUCGACAUGGCCGUCAACGCUGCUGUCGACGCUGGUAUCCACUUUGCUGUGGCUGCCGGUAACGACAACGCCGACUCCUGCAACUACUCCCCUGCUGCAGCUGAGAAUGCUGUUACUGUCGGUGCCUCUACCCUCAACGAUGAGCGUGCUUACUUCUCCAACUACGGAAAGUGCAACGACAUCUUUGCCCCAGGUCUUAACAUUCUUUCUACCUGGAUCGGCUCCAAGCACGCCACCAACACCAUCUCUGGUACCUCGAUGGCUUCUCCUCACAUUGCUGGUCUCCUGGCCUACAUGCUAUCUCUCCAGCCCACCAAGGACUCAGCUUACGCUGUUGCCGAUAUCUCACCCAAGAAGCUCAAGGCCAACCUGAUUGCCAUCGCCACCGUCGGUGCUCUCUCAGACGUGCCCAGCAACACUGCCAACGUCCUCGCCUGGAACGGUGGUGGCUCCUCCAACUACUCCGAGAUUGUUGAGAAGGGCGGCUACACUGUCAAGAAGGUUGCCGAGAAGGAGGAUGAGGAGUCCGACAUUCCUUCCCUCUCUGAGCUCAAGGCCGACUUCGAGAAGGCCAAGGAGUCCGCUGGCCGCCACGCUCACCAGGUCGGAAGCAAGCUCCAACAUCUCGAGUCUGAGAUUGAGGACUUCAUUGCCGAGGAGAUGGAGGCCAUGUUCGAGAAGGUCAAGGAGCGCGUCGCCAGCCACUAA